GAAAGUUUGCUUGGUUCCUGACUACGCUGGCGCAGCGCCAACCUGAUAUAGGUACAAGUCGGCCCUAACCUAAUGUCAAUAAGCACCUGCAACAUACUUCCUUUCCCCUGGCUACGUAUAUUGCCAAUUCGACUGUGAUCAACAAUCCACGGAAAAAUGCAGUUCCCUAAUAUAUCACAACCUACGACGCCAGAUUACUAUGCAGAUCUAGGGUUGUCCAUGAAUGCAACCCUUCAACAAAUCAAAGCUGCCUUCUUUAAGCUGGCGAGGCGACAUCACCCAGAUAAGAAGGCCCCGGGCAAAACAGUCGACGCCCAAGAGUUUCGCAAGGUCCGCGAAGCCUACGAAUUUCUCAAAGAUGAAACGAAGCGCAAGCAAUACAAUGUUUUUUAUGGUGCCUCGUUGCAAAGACAUUGGGCCGUGUACAGACAACAGCAGGAAGCCCAACGCAGACACGCAGAAACCAUGCGGCGCGAAGCAGCGCAGCGCGAGGCCCAGCAGAAGGCGGCGGCGGCCGAGAGUGAGCGCAAGAUGAAAGAGCAGAUGGAAGCGUCCAGGGCGAGGGCCGAGGAGGAGCGGAAGCGAGGGGAGAAUACUCGGGAAUCUGAAGCGGGUACCGAGGAAGCCGCGCGAAAAGCCCAGGAGCUAUACGAGGCGGCUGCGAGAGAAAGACUCCUCGUGAACCAAGAAAGACAGCGCAUGUACGAAGAGAUGGCUCGCAUGCAACAAGAAAGACAAACCAUACUCCAAGAAGCCGAGAUGCUCCGGCGGGGGAAAGAGGUUGCAGCCUGCAUGCUCCGAGUGAUUUACCAGAGGGAGGUCCGAAGACGGGCGGCAGAGGCUGCAGCGCAAGAACAGCUUCGCAGACAACAAGAAGCGGAAGCCGAGAACCUCUGGGCACAGAAAGAGCGGGAAGCCGAGAGGCGGUCGGAAGAGGCCACGAAGCGGGUCCGCGCCCAGCAGGAGCGCGCGGCGCGGCAGCGGCUCAACAGCAUCCUGAUCGAGGAGAAGCAGCGGGCGCUGUGUUUCUUCUGGAGAGGCAUGGCGGAACACCGAGACGCAGAAACUGCCACAGGGGGGGAGCGACAGGCCGAGCCUCCGAAUGCUAAGGAAUGCGAGCACCCGCCGUUCGGCUGGCCGAAGAUCCAGGGCAGUGCAGAGUGCAUGUUUUGCGGGGAGGUCCGUAAGACGUGGGCUUACGGUUGCCCGGAGCCGCAGUGCGGCGCGAAGGCUUGUCCGUCGUGUGAACAUAAGUACUGUAUUUUUUAGGGCUUCGGGAGGGUUCGGGUUCGGGUUGGUGUAUUGUAUAUUAUUUCCGGGUUGUGUGGGUUUCU